AUGCGGCGAGACCGUCUGCUGUGGUACGAAGAAAUUAUCUUCACAUUGGACGACCUCCUGACGCCAGCCCCUGUGGCUCUUUUCUCUCUAUCCUCCCACACGUCCGACUGGACGAGGCCACAGGUCGAGGCUGCGGUCGACCAACUGUCUCGAAGCCUUAGACGUCAGGAGACGCCUGAUUCCACCACCACUUCCUAUUACGCAGCCUUGGCUCUCGCCGUUUUUGCUGUCGCCAGCGGCGGCGAGAUUGUGCAGAGAGAUUCGCUGGUUCAGGUUGUGCUAACUUAUAGUGCAGCCUUCGAAAAGAGCGAUUCCCAGUCCAGCGAAUGCCUUGCCCUCUUCUUCGCGCUCUUAUCUCUCAUUGUGAGUGAUGCUGAGGACGAGACCCGGUUUCUGGCCGCCCGCUUUCUUCGCAAACUCAUGGAGAUAUGUCGCUUUUCUGUGAAUUUGCCAACGGACCCCUUACCCAUAACGAUUCUGCCGCAUUUUAUCGACUUCCUGCUGCAACAUUGGUCACGAUCCGCCGUAUCUGGUUUAUUAGAAUGGUUGUACAAGGCUGUUGUGGGUAUGUGGAUCCAAAGCCCUGAGGUAGGUUAG